AUGGCUCGUGCUUCCGCACUCUCCAAGGUGCUGCUGGCUUUGGGUGCCUGUGUGGCACUGAGGCUACUCUCCCCCUCAUUCGUGGCACCGAAGCAGCAGCGGGAGGCCGCGGCGGCCCUGGCCGCGGCAAUGGUUGCUGCCACGCCGAUGACGGCCAGCGCCGAGGUGCCCACGUUCUCCUUCUUCGGCUUGGGCAGCGGGCAGUCGGAUGCCUACUCCCAGAACGACAACCCCAUCAACCCCUAUUCCCAGUUCAGCGAUGGCUCGGAGACUGUCUACAAGGCCCGCAACCCGGACGAGGUCGACAGGAGGAAGAAGGCGCUCACCGCAGCCCUGACCCGCUUCGAGAACACCCCGGAGUACAUCAAGACCAAGCAGGCGCAGGCCCUGAAGGGCAACCUGCUCCAGGCCGGCGGCUCCAUGAAGCAGGAUAUGAUCUACUUCUCCGGCGAGGAGGGCUCGGCAGCCUACACGAAGGCCCGGGAAUUCUCCCAGAAGGUCUCCACUCUGGGCGUGGACGGCGGCAACAAGCAGUGGGCUGCGGCCGCACAGGACUACGACAAGGCCGCUGCGAUCUUGAGCGAGUGGAAGCAGCUCGCGAACUUCUGA